GCCCCGGACCCGCCCAUGUCCCCCUCGACACUUCUCGUCCGGCCGCUGGCGCCGGCGCCGGCGAGCCCGUCCAAUCCGCCUCGCCGGUACGCGCCCGCAUCAGCGGCGGCAGCGCCAGCGACGCUCCGCACGUCUCCUGCAGGCUCCUCCGUGGCCCAGUUCUCCAGGCUGCGCACCAAGUGCCGGUUUGCCGCCCCCGGUGUCAGGGAAGACUACUCUUCUACGCCAAUCGAUGUCGUGGCCGACGUGAAAACAGAGAAGAUUGUAGUUUUGGGAGGAAGUGGAUUUGUUGGCUCCUCCAUAUGCAAAGCUGCUGUGGCUAAAGGCAUUGAGGUUGUGAGCCUGAGCAGGUCAGGAAGACCAUCUUCCUCCGAUCCCUGGGCUGAUGAAGUUACUUGGCUAGCAGGAGAUGUUUUCUAUGCAAGAUGGGAGGACGUGUUAGUAGGGGCUACUGCUGUUGUGUCUACCCUUGGAGGAUUUGGUAACGAAGAACAGAUGAAAAGGAUAAAUGGUGAAGCAAAUGCUAUUGCAGUAGAUGCCGCGAAAGAAUUUGGGAUUCCGAAAUUCAUUUUGAUCUCUGUUCACGAUUACAACCUUCCAUCGUUUCUUCUUACCUCGGGCUAUUUCACUGGCAAGAGAAAGGCUGAAUCUGAAGUCCUCUCCAAAUACCCUUCCACGGGUGUUGUAUUGAGGCCAGGCUUUAUUUACGGUAAAAGGAAAGUAGACGGCUUUGAGAUACCGCUCGACUUGGUAGGGCAACCAUUAGAGAAGCUGCUUUCCUCCGUCGAAAAUUUCACCAGACCAUUGAGCGCAUUGCCUGGUUCGGACCUGGUUCUCGCACCCCCCGUGAGCGUGGACGAUGUUGCCUAUGCGGUGAUCAACGCGGUCAUAGACGACAGUUUCUUCGGUGUGUUCACAAUCGAGCAAAUCAAGGAAGCUGCGGCCAAUGUCAGAGUGUAAGGUUUUCCAUACCUAGCUGGAAAUAGCUUAUGAAGUUAUGAGGGAUGUUCCUGUUCUUUCAAACCUUCUGUGAUACUAGUGGAUAGCUUAAGGCCGAACUCAAUACUACAAUGCAGUGUUUAGAGAGUUUAAGUGCACUAACAAGUUCCACUGAAAAGCUGUCGUUGUUCUUAGCUGGCA